AUGAUUUUUCAAUUAAGGAUAUUAAAACGAAAUGAUGAAUUAUAUAAUAAUAGUCGAUUUAAACAUUUAUAUGAAUGUGAUAAGGAGGCGAGAAAUCAAGAUCCUCGUUCGAGUGAUUAUUUAUUCGUUUUCUCGCUUAUACAAAGUUCGAUAUUUAUGAUAUUACAAUUCUAUCUGAUUUAUUUCGGAGUAAAUGCGAUAUUUCAUGAACACAUAAUUCAAAUCAUUACACUUGCCGGUUUAAAUGUUGGAAGUGCGAUAUACACCGUGGUUCAAUUGCUCGAAGUUAAAUUUCGAGUGGACAGAAUACAAAAACAAAAAAAAUGUGAAAUAACGCAGGAAUUAAUAGAUAAUGAUAACAGUUUAACAAAAGGUUUCAGCAUGGAUUUAUUCAAAGUGGAUUUGCCGCAAAUAGUAGUAUUGUCAAUCUUUUCGAUAAUUACUAUAUUCAUAACAUAUAGAUUGUAUCUACAAUUUGGUUGGAGUAUUUAUAAGAAAAUUGGUGGUGACUUUAAAAUUCAGAGUGAGUGUUUAUUUGAUCGUUUGUCUGAUUUAAAAUAG